AUGAACCGGCGCAACGUUGGAAACUCUGGAUUCGAUGCGGAGCACGAUGAGCAGCAGCCGAAGGAGUGGCCGGACACCGUCCAUCCUCACCCCAAGACUACUCGCCUAUCCCUGUUCCGCGAGAGCAUCACGACCUCCGCUACAGACGCGACCCCGCUCGCACGCACGAUCUACCAGGCACGCUGUGAAGUGGCAGCAGACACCGUGGCGUGUCCCCUCUCCGCCGCGAUCUCCACCGAUGCCUCUACGCUCGCAGUCGUUGGUGCAGGCGGGUGCAGUAACGGCAACUCUAACCUCACCAUUUACUUCCUCGACGAACAGAAAGGCGCCGAUGAAAACGGCAAGAAAGGGCAGAGUAUCAGCGACUCAGGUGGAUUUCGCUACAUGGCACUCGAUCCCGGUCUCGAGGACGGCGACGAAGUGGCGGUGGAUACCGCGCACAAGCUCGCGCUCAUCGCCGAUAAAACUCGCAUCAAGUCGUUCGCAUGGAGCAGCGACGUCGCGUUCGGCGGCUGGACGCCCCCUCGCGGCGCCAAUGUGCACACCAUGAACAGCGGCAAGUACAGCGGACCCGUCGCCGCACUCCCCGGCGGUCGCAUCGCGCGCGCUGGCUCUGCCGGAGUGGCGGUCUGGGACCUCGACACACUCGAGACGCACCAGGGCGGCAGGCGCGUUGGUCCUGGUAGCGUGAAAAUCACCUUCGAGGACUCGUGCCGUGACGACGGCGGGAGCGGGACGGAACGUUCCACAGGCAGUCCCCCUUCCACGACCGUCGCGUUUGCGGAGGCAGGCUACUCACCUUCGGUGUGGCAGUUGCACACGCCGACCGGAUAUAUGCUCUGUUCUGGGGGUGGCGGGUGCUACCUGCUCGACCUGGAGGGGGGCGGGAAGAUCACAAUCAGUUUUGAGGGUCGCUACGGUGGAAACGUCAACGCGUUCUCGACGAGCGCUGGGGACGCCAAUAUGUUCGUGACCGCGUGUGCGGACGGGUACGCGCGUUUGUACGAUGUACGUCACCCGAAGCCGGUGGCGACGGUAGGCUCGAGUGGGUACGGCGAGGAACGCGAGGGACGCGAGUUAUGCAGGGGAGCGGCGCUCGUCCACCCGGACGGUAUUCCAGCCGUUUUCACCGGAGGCGGCCAGAGCCAGAACGUCAAGAUGUGGGACAUCCGUGCGCACGCGCUCGUGUACGAGCUCGCGACGGGGAACACCGCCGUGCACACGCUCACGUGGGACGACCGCCGCUCUACGUUGUAUGCGGGGACGGAGUGCGAGUACAUGGACUACCGCGGAAACACGCGCGGCUACCGUGGCGCGCACCUCCCCCGCUGGGCCAGGGACCCUCCCGAGCCUGAGCACACGCCACCAGGUGAAGGAGACGAGGACUACGAGAUGGACGACGACGACUACGAUAGCGCGGAGGAGUCGGAUGAUGAGCACUUCUGGCCGAAGAAGGCGGCGCACAACGAGAAGGCUUUCGGGUAUGCGUACGAUGCAGGCGAGCACGUCUUUCUGCGCUACCAGUUCAAGGAAGAUGCGGAUCCGACAGUUGUUCCUCGGUACGGUCAGGUCUACAUGGAACGCGGUGGUUGGUGA